UUUGGGUGCUAUGUAUCUAAACAGACCGAAAUAGGAAGCAAAGCCAGCAGGGGUGGACUCGCAGGGCAGCACAUGCAGGCGGCCCGAAAGAACAGAACCAAAAUCAAAACCUAAAUUAACGGAAGCAGCGAGAGCCGCGAUUGGAGAUCUCCGAUUAUCGCCCGCCUGUUCUUUCUGAUUCUCCUUCCGUUGGAUCUUGUAGGUGGAAGGGGCGGCGAUGGCUCCGGUGUCGGCCCUCGCCAAGUACAAGCUGGUGUUCCUAGGCGAUCAGUCUGUGGGGAAGACCAGCAUCAUCACUCGAUUUAUGUACGAUAAGUUUGACAACACCUACCAGGCUACUAUAGGGAUUGAUUUUCUUUCGAAGACGAUGUAUUUGGAAGAUCGAACUGUUCGGCUGCAGCUUUGGGAUACUGCAGGGCAGGAGAGGUUCAGGAGUCUCAUUCCUAGCUAUAUUCGUGACUCCUCUGUCGCGGUCAUUGUGUAUGACGUUGCGAGUCGUCAAUCUUUCCUGAACACAGCAAAGUGGAUAGAUGAGGUCCGCACGGAGAGGGGCAGUGAUGUUAUUAUUGUUCUUGUUGGGAACAAAACCGAUCUUGUUGAUAAAAGACAAGUUUCGAUAGAGGAAGGCGAAGCUAAAGCGCAAGAACUUGGUGUUAUGUUCAUUGAAACAAGCGCCAAAGCUGGUUUCAACAUUAAGGCACUGUUCCGAAAGAUCGCGGCAGCCUUGCCGGGGAUGGAGAAUUUGUCAUCAACAAAGCAGGAAGACAUGGUCAAUGUGAAUCUGAAAUCCAGCAAUGCAAGUUCUUCUCAGUCACAGCCACAGUCUGGUGGAUGCAGUUGUUGAUGUCAGAAACAGACUGUUCAGCUAAAUUGUGAGGGAAGUUUUCAUAUAUAGCACAUAAUCUUAUGUAUUUAUAUAUCUCACGUCGAAACUUUCAUAUUUGCAUAUAUGACACUUAAAUGUU